AUGGAACCCUGCAAGACGCUCUAUCUAAACGACCUGGCUAUCAAUGUGACAGAGGCCGAGCGGUUAGAUCCAGGGCGCACGGUGUUUCGGUUGACACUCUCUUCUCCGAUAUGCUAUCUUCCAUCGAGAGUUAUAGUCAAGCAGCAGAAGAUCGGUUGGAAAAUCUCCAAGGAACGAUUAAUUCCAAUCUUCUUCGGUCAAGGCUUCUGCAAUGGCCUUGAUGCGCUUGUGAUUUCGGAGGUUAAGGGGGUCACCCUCCAUGAUCUCGCUCGAGGAAAUUUCGACGUCCAGCAGGAAGCGCUAAAGAUGCACCUUGAGAAAGCACUGGGCGCCUUUGAUAGGCACAAAGCAUUGUACUGGGACGCAAAGCCAGAUAAUUUUCUGUUUUGUGCUGAUACUAUUCCCGAAAAAAGCAAAAUUAUGGUUGUGGAUCUUGAGCAAGUCGAGUUUCCCCGCGAUCAUCAGCCCUGGUAUCAUACAAUCAACUCGGGUAGCGUGGGCAAUCUGAUGAGCAAGUUUAAGGAUGGGAAAAGCCCAAAUCGUCCACUGUCGCCCGCAGGUACCGAGGACGAAGAGGACGGAUCGGAAAUGAUUGGGCUAUAG